AUGGAGUUAAGAAUUAAGGACUCGGGAGCGGCUACCGUAUCCUUACUAGAGGGUAAAAUCGACAAGUUGGAGCAACAGGCGCGUCAUUGUAACAUAGAGAUAUGCAACGUGCCUGAAAAGCGUGGUGAAAAUCUAUCCACCGUAUUAGAGUCCAUAGCAUCUGCAAUUAAUAUGACGCUUUCACAGCGUGACAUAAUUGCGAUCCAUCGCGUCCCCCAUGCUCAUUCAAAGAAUACUAGACCUAAGAAUAUAAUAGUAAAGUUUGCAACUCGACUACUACGAGAUAACAUGCUUAGUGCAUAUCGGCUAUCAAAAGGGCUUACAUCUGACCGCAUUGGCAUAUCUGGUGCUCCAAUCUGCGUUUACAUAAAUGAACAUUUGACUCUUCGCAACAAGGAGUUAUUUCGAAAAUGUCGGGAAGCUGCUCAAGCAAAUAAGUUUAAGUACGUGUGGAUACGUAACGCUACCAUAUUGGUCAAGGAAACGGAUGACUCUGCUACGUUUGCUAUUCAUACUGAAUCUGACAUAUCGAGCAAAAUCGUUGCUAAUAAGUAUCAUACCGAAACUGCUACGGAAACUUAA